AUGCCUUUCCGGCUGAGAUGGAGGCGCUCAAAGGCUACGCAAAUCGCGAGCCAAAAGUCCGUCGCGGAACAUGGGUACCCAAAGGAUCGAGGGAGCCUUAUUGAGGGCCCUAAAGAUGAACAAUGCGAAGCUAACGCAGGUAGAGUCCUCGCAGAAACUAUUUUCGUGCAGCCUUCCAGUGCUCAUGGCGCAUCCCCGUGUGUCACGAUGGAUUCCAAGCCAUCGCUGUUCAGGAGGACGCUGUCGAACCUCUCGCCAAAAAUUGCACCAAAAGUGAACGCUGACAGUUCUGAACCUUGUGGGAAUGAUCAAGGUGGUGACAAGCGUGGUAACGAAGCAGAGGGCUCCAAGAACUUAGUGGAAAAUAAUGUACGAGCCGAAUCUGGUAUGGCCAAGAGGGCACACGCAUUGCACAAUUUCCUUCCCCGAUUCUACGGAGCGCAUCACCAGCAAACUCCUGGAGCCGCAACCAAUGAGGACUCAGGAGAACAUGGGGUGCAUCCGGCUCAUAUGCCACUUCAUUUACCACAUCUUCACUUGCCGCACAUCCUUGAAAGCAGGUCACACCACCAGGCCACCCAUCAUGAUGGCCCUUCUGCAGCAGAGUUCGAGGCGGAAGUGAUGAAGAUGCUUCAGAGCGCCACAGAUCGUGCAAAAGGGAUAAUUGAGGCUGCAAGGGGUGAACGCGAAAUCUUGAUGAGCAGAGCUCGCCUUGAGGCCGAGGACGAAAUAAAGGAUAUGAGGCACUCUCUGGAACGAGAGUUUUUGCAAAGUCAUGACACGGAUGAUAGUGAGCAAGAGACUUUACGCGUGGCAACUACGAAAGAAGAAGAGCUAAUGCGUCAAAUUCUUCAGUUUUCUGAGAAAAACAUGGAAGUUUCGGUAGCCCUAUGCGUGGACAGUGUUCUAAACGUGGACAUAUCGCUCCCUCCAGAGCGCCGAGAUGCUUUACGCAACCUGAAGAGGAACCCUCCGAAUUUCUUUCGAAAGAGCCAGGCCCACAACUACCCCUCAGUGCGUAACAGUCUGGCGCAGCGUGCGACCAAAACCACGCGGGGCCUUGGCUGGGAAGCUGAGAAUUCUUGGGAUCAGGAUCCUCGCGACAUUUUGCUACCUACGCAUCGCACAGACGAACAACCAGAUGUAUAUGCUGCCAUUCUGGGGGGGCGUGCACUCACUGAAGAAGAUCGGUUCCAGAUAGAUUUCGAUGAAUUGGAGUUAACUCCAGCUGGAACGUUCUCUGCAACCGUUCAACACUUGCAGCGCGCAUGUGGCUGCCUUCUAGGAUGA